AUGGACCAAGCGCCGCCCAAGACCCCGCGACCGCUUUGGCGCGACGAAGCGACGCAUCUCCUGCGCUUGGCGCUGCCUAUCAUGGCAACGUUCAUCCUCGGGUACCUCCCGGGCGUCGUGAGUCUCAUUUUUGUCGGUCAAAUCCACCGCCCCGACGCCAAAGAGUACCUGGCGGCCGCGUCGCUCAGCGACAUGUUCUUCAACGUCACCGGGUUUAGCAUUGGCCUUGGCCUGGCUAGCGCCAUGGACACGCUGGCGUCCCAAGCGUUUGGCGCGGGCAACAUCAAGCGCAUUGGCAUUUUGCUGCAAACCGGCAGUCUCGUGCUCUUCGGCGUCUGUGUGCCCAUCGCCGUUCUCAACCUGAGCUCGACACACGUCCUUCUCGCCCUCGACCAGCCCACCCACGUGGCCGCGCUCGCAGGCCCAUACUCGGCCUGCCUGGUCAUGGGCCUCCCCUUUUUGUACGCCUACGAGCUCCUCAAGCGCGCCCUGCAAGCGCAAAACAUUGCUUGGCCCAUGCUCUACAGCACGCUGCUCGCCAAUGCCGUCAACGCAGGUGUCGGCUACCUCUUGGUGUACCAUACAUCGAUGGGGUACCUCGGCGCUGCGAUCGGCCGCGCGACCGCCAUGAUGUCGCUGCCGCUCAGCUUGCUUCCGUACUUUUAUCUGACACCAGGCGCGUGCGACUUUUGGCCAGGGCUGCAUGCCCGUGCCGCACUGCGCGGCGUUGGCGAGUUCCUCGCCGUCGGCACCCCUGGCAUGCUCAUGAUGAUGUUUGAGUGGUGCAGCUUCGAGAUCCUCGCCCUCUUUGCAGGCGUGCUACCCAACGCCGUCAUCGCGAUUGGCGCCAACGCCGUUACCGUCAACGUGUUUUCGAUCGUCGACUGGAUCUACUACGGACUCAACGUCUCGGCGACGGUCCGCGUCGGCAAUGCGAUCGGCGGCGGCGACGUUCCGCGGGCGCGCGCCGCCACGACCGCCGUCCUAUCGACCGCCGCCGGGCUUGCGCUGUGCUUUGCGUCGCUUUUGCUUGCGACGCGCUGGGCGAUCCCAGAUCUCUUUACAAACGAUCGCGAUGUGUCGACCUUGGUCGCGAGUGUCGUCGUCGUGCUCGUGCUCUUCCAAGUGCCCCAAGGCAUCAACCAGACGAUGCAAGGCGUGCUGCGGGGCUACGGGCUCCAGAACUACGGCGCCAUCAUCAACUUUGUCGCGUACAUUGGUAUUGGCCUACCCGUGGCCUACUUGCUCGCGUUCAUUUACGCGUAUGGUCUCCAAGGCCUAUGGAUGGGUAUGGGCAUCGGCUUUGCCUUUGCUGGCGCCUCGAGCUUGCUUCUCUUGCGCUUCGCCAACAUUGAGAGCGUGAUUGAGAAGAAGCAAGUCCAAACAUUAGAGGAACGGUCGCGCUACGUCAUUGUGUCGUAA